AUGCCGAUUCCAUUUAAAGAAAGAUUCACAUUCAGGCAGCGCGAAGCUGAGUCCGCACGCAUCCUACAAAAUAACCCGGAACACAUUCCGCUUGUCUGUGAAAAGGUCCCACGAUCAGACAUUGUAGAACUUGGGAAGACCAAAUUCCUUCUUCCCAAAGAUCUCGCACUUGGCCAGUUCAUGCACGUCCUGCGCGUCCGUCUAAACCUCCCUCCUGAGAAAGCCAUGUUCAUGUUCGUUGAGGACGAGGUGCCUUCAAAUAACUCUCUCCUUUCUACAAUCUACGAAGCACACAAGGAUGAAGACGGAUUCUUAUAUAUGAAGUAUAUGGGCGAAAAUACAUUCGGAGUUUGCUCGAAGAUGUAA